ACCUUUUUAGAGCUGAUUUAAAGAAUGAAUCAAGAAAAUCAGACCACCAUCUCGGAAUUUCUCCUGCUGGGACUUUCCAGUGAAGAUGAACACCAGAAGUUCCUCUUUGUUCUUUUCCUGGGGAUGUACCUCAUCACUGUCAUUGGGAAUGGACUCAUCAUUCUAGCUAUCAGCUUGGAUUCAUACCUCCACACCCCCAUGUAUCUCUUCCUGGCCAACUUAUCCUUUGCUGAUAUUUCCUCCAUUUCUACCUCAGUCCCCAAAAUGCUGAUGAAUAUUCAGACCAAGAGCCAAUCCAUCUCCUAUGAAAGCUGUGUGACCCAGAUGUACUUUUCUAUUGUGUUCGUGGUCAUUGACAAUUUCCUCUUGGGUGUCAUGGCCUAUGACCGUUUUGUAGCUAUCUGCUACCCUCUGAACUAUAUGACCAUCAUGCAACCCAGGCUCUGCAUUUUGCUCACAGUCAUCCCCUGGGUCCUCAGUAACAUGGUGGCUCUGACACACACUCUUCUUCUCAUUCGAUUACUCUUCUGUGAUGGCAACAGCAUCCCACAUUUCUUCUGUGACCUGGCACCUCUGCUCAAACUGUCUUGCUCAGACACAAUGAUCAAUGAGUUGAUACUGUUGAUCCUGGGCCUAUCAGUCAUCACCUUUCCCUUUGCCCUCAUCCUUUUCUCCUACAUCUGCAUUGUCAAGGCUGUCUUGAGAAUCUCAUCCACCGAGGGAAAGUGGAAAGCCUUCUCUACCUGUGGCUCUCACCUGACAGUUGUGUUACUUUUCUAUGGAACCAUUGUAGGGAUUUACUUUUUCCCCUCAUCUACUCAUCCUGAGGACACAAAUAAGAUUGGUGCUGUGCUGUUCACUGUGGUGACGCCUAUGAUGAACCCCUUUAUCUAUAGCCUGAGGAACAAGGACAUGAAAGGUACCCUAAGAAAGUUCACUGGUAGGAUAAGAUCCCUUUCUUUGAGGUCUUGGACUUUUAAAUUCCUCUGA